AAUUCACUGAGGUGAGUGCUUCAUCGUUCCACCCCGAACAUCCUCGUAAACCCGCCAUUUGCACCUAGAAAACCAACCAUCAUGCCGGCCGAGAAGUCGAAGCCGCCUCCUGAUGAGUCGGUUACCUACGAUUCGGGAAACAGCAAUGGACCUCCAGACCUGAGACUUUUGCACUACAACGAUGUGUACCACGUCGAUCCGUCCUCCGCUGAACCCGUGGGCGGUGUGGCUCGGUUCAUGACCCUCAUCAAGCAGUAUCGCGAUGAUGAGACGUUCAAGGGACAGUCUGAUCUGCUCACCUUUUUCUCGGGAGAUGCGUUCAAUCCAAGCUUGGAGAGCUCGAUAACGAAGGGCGAUCAUAUGGUUCCACUUCUCAACAGUAUUGGUACAGACGCUGCGGCACUAGGUAACCACGACCUCGACUUUGGUGUCCGCCAGUUUAGGCACCUAGCGUCGAAGUGCAAAUUCCCAUGGCUUAUCGCCAAUGUGCUAGACCCUGCUCUGGGCGAGAAUGUGCCGAUUGGUAAUGCCAAGAGAACACAUAUCAUCACCUCGUCCAACGGGAUCAAAGUCGGUCUGAUUGGAUUGGGUGAGCGGGAAUGGCUGGCGACAAUCAACAGUCUCCCGCCUAAUCUUAUCUAUAAGUCGGCGAGCAACACGGCCAAAGAACUGGUCCCUCGUCUGCGUGCUGCCGGCGCCGAGAUCAUUAUUGCCCUGACGCAUAUGCGGGAGCCAAACGACAACAAGCUCGCCGAGAACACUGACGGCAUCAUCGACAUCAUCUUGGGCGGUCACGAUCACUACUACAACCACAGCUUGAUCAAGGGUACACAUGUCCUCCGGUCCGGCACCGACUUCAAGCAAUUGUCUUACAUAGAAGCACGGCGGCGCCAAGACAAUUCGGGGAGGUGGGACGUGAACAUUACACGGCGAGAUGCCACAUCGGCCAUCCCGGAACACGGUGAAACCCUUGAGCUAGUCGCGAAACUGACAGCCAGCCUGAAGACAACGCUUCAAAAGCCCAUCGGCUAUACUGCCGCGCCCCUUGAUGCCAGAUUUAGAACGGUCCGGCUGAAGGAAAGCAACAUUGCCAACUGGGUCUGCGACAUCAUGCGGCAUCACUACUCGGGCGACUGCUGCAUUAUAGCCUCGGGAACGGUGCGAGGGGACCAGAUUUACCCGCCAGGACCGGUUCUCCUCAAGGACAUUAUGAAUUGUUUCCCUUUCGAAGAUCCGGUCGUGGUGAUCAGAGUCACCGGGAAAGCAAUCUGGGACGCCCUAGAGAACGGCGUGUCUCAGUACCCUGCCCUCGAAGGUCGCUUCCCGCAGGUGUCUGCCAUCGCCUUCAAAUUCGACUGUAGCAAGCCGCGUGGCUCUCGGAUCGUGACGGCCACCAUCAACAAUGAGCCCAUCGAUAUGGAAAGAAAAUACGUCCUGGUCACCCGAGGCUAUAUGGGUCGCGGCAAGGAUGGCUACGACUCCCUGCUGAUAGAAGCGGAGGGUGGUCAAGCCGAGGAAAUCGUAUCCGAGGAAAACGGUAUCCUGAUCUCGAUGAUGCUUCGCCAGUUCUUCCUGUCCAUCCGUGUCAUGGGUCAGUGGAAGAACUGGGGCAACGCCAUAAACCGGCACUGGAACAAAGUGUCGGAGAAGGUCAGCGCAGCGCAUCCUCUCAUCGACCCCACUCCGCAGGCGACUCCCGUCUCGCCGUCUGUGAGCAAGGCUCCCGGCUGGGACAACUGGACGCCUAAGAAGCUGCGGGAGCGCAGAUCCAGUGUUUUGCUGCUCCACGAGUCGGACGAUGAAAGCGAAGAGGAGGCGGAUGAAGAGGCGGUCGGGGAUGUCCAGGAUGUGGAGAAGCAGCUGCAGAUCAUGCGGAGGGUGUUUGGCAAGUGGGCGAGGCUUGCGGGUGUGGAGUGCAAGGUUGCGGAUGAGCUGAACGAGGAUGAGUUCGAGGUCGACUGGACGAGAGCCAUUGCGCCGAGACUCGAGGGCCGCAUCGUUAUGAUUGGUGGCGAAGUUCCGAAGUGAAGUGAGGCGGCGGGGGGUACUUUGACGACUGAUGACAUUGGCACGAUAGAUGAUGCAGGGAAAAGGGGCAUUGAAAACACGAUUGUUAAAUACUUUUACUAGGGGGCAGUAGAAAUACAUGAUCAUCCUUACGUUCCCA